AUGAAGGUCACAGUUUGCGGUGCUGCAGGUGGUAUUGGUCAACCAUUAUCUUUAUUAUUAAAAUUAUCUCCUUUAGUUGAUGAAUUAUCUUUAUUUGAUGUGGUAAAUGCUCCAGGUGUUGGUGCUGAUUUAUCUCAUAUAGAUACAAAUGCUAAAGUUACAAGUCAUUUACCAGAUGAUAAUGGAUUAGCAAAAGCUUUAAACGGAACAGAUUUAGUGAUUAUCCCAGCUGGUGUUCCAAGAAAACCAGGUAUGACUAGAGAUGAUUUAUUUGCUAUAAAUGCUGGUAUUGUUAGAGAUUUAGCUCAAGGUGUUGCUGAAAAUGCUCCAAAUGCUUUUGUUUUAGUCAUUUCAAAUCCUGUUAAUUCCACAGUUCCAAUUUUUGCAGAAGUUUUAAAGAAGAACGGCGUUUUCAAUGCUAGAAAAUUAUUUGGUGUUACAACUUUAGAUUUAGUUCGUGCUAAUACUUUCAUUUCACAAUUAGAUUCAUCAAACAAGAUAAAACCAUCUAACUUAAAUGUCCCAGUUAUUGGUGGUCAUUCAGGUGAAACAAUUGUUCCUUUAUUUAGUUUAGGAGCACCAGAAUUUUAUAAAUCAUUAGAUGAUGAACAACGUGAUGCUUUAGUUCAUAGAGUUCAAUACGGUGGUGAUGAAGUUGUUCAAGCUAAGAAAGGUGCUGGUUCAGCUACAUUGUCAAUGGCUUAUUCAGGUUUCAAAUUAGCUGAAGAAUUAAUUGAAUCUAUAAAUGGUAAACAUUCAUUUGUUGAUUCAAGUUUUAUUUAUUUAAGUGAUGAAAUUGAAGGUGCUAAAGAAGCUAAACAAUUAAUUAAUAACGAAUCAAUAAAUUACAUUUCAUUACCAGUUAAAUUAGGUCCAAGAGGUGUUGAAUCAAUUGAAUAUGAUGUUUUAAAUAAGAUUAAUGAUCAUGAAAAGGAAUUAUUAAGUACAGCUAUUGAUCAAUUAACAACCAACAUUAGUAAAGGUGUUAACUUCAUAAAGAAUCAAGCAUAA